AUGGCGACCAUUGCAAUUGAUAGCAACCCUUUUCAGUCUCUGAAGGCGCUUUCUGAACCCCACUUUGACACUGAGCGUCCUCGAAUGGUCCAGUCUUCUCCCUACACGGGUCAGGCUCACCUGCUGGACCUCGGAGGGGUGCCCCAAAACCUCCAUGAGAUUGUGGUUGCCCUCCGGGACCUUUUCCGGGCCGUCAAGCCCGAUUAUGCUGUAGGUGACUACAUCGAGUCGUUCCCGUUUGAAGACCUGACUCCCCUGGUGCCCGAAGGCGUCACUCUUCACUGCGUGGCUUUCCGAUCCCGGCUGUUUGAACACGUGCGAACCUCCCACGAUAUGCGUCAGAAGCUCUCCGACCUCGACGAGUCUUCUCAUGCCGAGGCUAACAACUCUGGAGGUCUGCUCAAGUACUGGUUUGGCGUGCCCGACGAGGCCGGAAACAAUCUGGCCACCUGUGUGUGGAUCAGCAAGAAGCACGCUGACGACGCCACCGCUCAUCAGCGUCAUAAUGCCGCCGCCAAGACGGUCCGAGGCUGGUAUGAGAACUGGCAAGUAGAGAUCUACGAAUGGUCUCGGGCAGGACUCACCCGGGUCCGAUAA